AUGCGAAGUGAAUCUCCCGCCGCCGAGGAAGUGAUGGAGCCGUCGGAGCGCAUCUGCAUUGAGGACAACAAUAGUCCGGAUCAGCAAAACGACGAAGAAGUGGAGGAAAAGCAACAAAUCGUUGCGUUUAUCGCUGAAUGCGAGGAACGGUUGAAAUCGAAACAAAACCAAAGAGAAGACAACAGCAAAGACCGGAUCCAAUACCCGGAGGAGUCAUUCUUCGCACGCCUCGACUCAUCCAUCAAAAAGAACUCGACUUUCGUGAAGAAGUUGAAGAAUAUGACCGACGCUCAGAAGGAGUCCAUCUUUAAGGACAUGAAUGGUCUGAAUCUAACGAAAUAUAUCUCAGAAGUGGCCAACGCUGUCGUCGAGGCGAAGAUUAAACUCACAGAAAUACCAAUGGCUGUGAAGAUAUGUUCGGCUCUCCAUCAGCGAUAUCCCGACUUUUCCGCACAACUGCUCGACUCGUGGCACAAGAAUUUGCCGAAAAAGGCCGGCGACCCCAUCAACGCUUCCAAAAUGCGGAUCGAUGUCCGCCUCUUUGCUGAACUCAUCUCUUCGGGUAUCUUCACCGCCAAAGAGGGACUCCCAGUGUUGGGCAAUCUGUUGACACUAUUGACCACAACAGACAAAGAGAGUCAUCAGAAUUUGAAUAUAUUGUUGUCGUUUUGUCGGCACUGCGGCGACGAUUACGCGGCGUUUGUGCCGCGAAAGAUGCGAGUGUUGGCCGACAAGUAUUUUUUGACAGUACCUCGAAGUGAAUUCCUUCCGCCCGACCGCAAGAAAGGCGUUCAGCAUUUAUUGAGGGAAUACUGGAAGUCUUUAACCAUUCAUGUGGUGAGUGAUCACAAGAAUCUGCAAAAUCAAGAGAAACAGAUCCGAAAGGCGUUGCAAUUGAAAGGAGAGGUCUCUAAAGAAAGGAAAGAGAAAUAUGACGCCAAACAACUCGAUUGGCAGAAGUUGUGGUCUUCGACACAACAGUUCGCCGAUAUUAUUGACGAGGAUUUGCCGGUUCUGUCACCAGAUCUGCCGGAGUUCUCAGACGACAACGACGAGUCAAAUCAAGGCAUGAAUUUCGAUGUUUCCAAUCGUUUCAAAGGACAGCCAGAGUUCGAAUCGGGAGCCCUUUGGGAAGACGAGGACACCAGAAGUUUCUAUCAGCACUUUCCCGAUCUUAAGUCUAUUAUUCCAUCCAUUCUUUACAAGGAUUGUGUGAAAGAGUCGGACAACAAAUCGGAUCCAAACCAGAAAACAGACGAAACUAAAGCUGAGGGCGAAGAAGAAAAUAAAGAAAUUAAUGAAAACAAAGAAUUGAAUGAAAACAAAGAGGAACUAAACGAAGAGAAUAUUGAUAUAAUUGAAGACAAUCUUGAAUUUGAAGAGGCGAUUGACGAGAUCGAGGAUCCGAUUAGCGCUCCUGUCGUUGAUAUAGAGGUGGAGGACAGCGACGAAGACUCGAGCAAAGAGGCGGCGACUAAAGUGUCUAAUAAAGUGCUUUUGGACGCGUUUUUCAAUACAAUAGUGAAUUGUGUGAACAGAGAUAUGAUGGAUAAGGCGGCCAUCGAUUUCUGCACAAACCUUAACACUAAAAAUAACCGCAAAAAACUGGUCAGAGCUCUGUUUACUGUUCCGCGAACUCGUCUCGAUUUGUUGCCAUUCUAUUCGCGAUUUGUGGCACAAAUCGAGCCAAUAAUGCCAAACAUUGCCACCGAUUUGGUCGCACUUCUGAAGCAAGACUUUCGAUUCCUGUUUCGCAAAAAGGAUCAAAUAAACAUUGAAAGCAAAGUGAAAAACGUCCGCUUUAUCGGCGAAUUAGUCAAAUUCAAUAUCUUUCCCAAACCAGAAGCCCUUAAUUGCCUUAAAUUAUUAUUACUUGAUUUCCGUCACCAUCACAUCGAAAUGACAUGUAAUUUGUUGGAAACGUGCGGACGAUUUCUCUAUCGCUCUCCUGAAUCGCAUUUGAGAACAAAACUACUUUUGGAUCAAAUGAUGCGAAAGAAAGCUCUCUUACCGUUUGACUCGAGAUAUAUAACAAACAUUGAAAACGCAUACUAUUUCGCAAACCCUCCCGAAUCACAGACUAUCAUUCGCGUAGAAAGGCCUCCAAUGCAUGAAUACAUCCGGAAACUGCUUUACCACGACUUAAACAAAACAAAUGUGGAUAAAAUUCUGCGUCAAAUCCGUAAACUUCGGUGGGAGGACAAGGAGUUGUCGUCGUACGCCAUCCGGUGUCUGACCGCCAUCUGGAACGUCAAGUUCUAUAACGUGCGGUGUGUGGCCAACCUAUUGGCCGGUUUGAACUCAUUCCAGGAGUGGGUCGCACCCCAAGUGAUCGACGGAGCGCUCGAAGACAUACGCAUCGGUAUGGAAAUGAAUUCUCCCAAAUUCAAUCAGCGAAGAGUAUCGAUGUGUAAAUUCUUGGGCGAACUCUAUAACUAUCGUUUGGUCGACUCGUCGAUUGUCUUCAAAGUGUUGUAUUCAUUCGUGACGUUUGGCGUAUUUUACGAUCACUCCAUUUAUAGUGAUUCAGAUCCGCCCGAAAAUCUGGUCAGAAUUCGACUCAUUUGCCAACUCUUGGAAACUUGUGGUCAGUAUUUCAGUUCAGGUCUGGCGAAGAAAAAACUCGACUGCUUUUUGUUCUUCUUUCAGAAAUACUUUUGGUUUAAGAAAUCAUACGAUUUUUAUACAGAAGAAAAUCCAUUUCACUUUUCAAUGGAUUAUUUAUUUAAAGACAAAUACUUUUGGUUUAAGAAAUCAUACGAUUUUUAUACAGAAGAAAAUCCAUUUCACUUUUCAAUGGAUUAUUUAUUUAAAGACGUGAUUCUGUUAUUGAGGCCUAAAUUCAAAUUUGCCACAAAUUAUGAGUCGGCGCUGAAAUCUGUGGACGAUUUGCUCAAAGAACUGACUCCUCGAGUGCAGGAAGUGUUGCCCAACUUUAAGCUCAGACUCGAUUCGGAGACAAUGUCCGAAACCGAUGACCAAAAUCCCGGACUUAAUCCUAUUGUCGAAGCGGAAGAAGAAUCAGCUCCUGAGGAGGUGUCACACCAAGAGAGUGACUCUGACGAUGAAUACGAGUUUCCUACUGAACAACACUUGGAAUUCAGACAAAAGACCACCACUGAUGAAGAUAAUAAUGGAAGCGAAAGCGACGGUAUUUAUGUAUCGGAUGAUGACUUACGAGGAAUGGAAGGCUCGGAAAGCGGACCCAAAACAGUUCACUGUCCAGAAGACGACGAUUUUCUAAAGGAUUUCGACAAAAUGAUGAGCGAGUCGUUGGUCUCCAGGAGUCAGGAAGUGGUCCGAAGUAAUACAGAUAUUGUGAUUCCUGUCAAUAGAAACGUCACCAAAAAGAGUGUCGCCUUCACUGACUAUAAUGAGCCCAAAGAGGAACCGAUUGAUACUCCGACCAUAAACUUCAUGAUAAUGACCAGAACUAAAGGCAAUAAAUCGGUGCUCAGGACU